AACAUUCCAAAGCGAUUUUACUACUCGAACUCUUCUCGUAUUGGUCGCAUAGUGAUCGAGCCGGCAGUUGGAUGGGCGGCUUCGCUUUCUUGUAAAACAGAAAAACUUCUAAAGACGUAUGCUCCAGGUAAUGUCAAGUUCAAUUCUUCCACGCAUGGUAUGGAUCCAGGUCGUAAGGAAAUGCGUGCUUUUCUGGUCAUUGGUGGGCCCUCAGUGAUUUCCGGCAAACGAUACGAAGAAAUACCUGAAAACAUCGAUCUCUACCAAUUCAUGUGUCAUGUAUUGGGGGUUCCUCCUGCGCCGAGUAACUCUUCCUUGGUCAUUUUGUCCAAAGCACUUCGCGCCAACCAGAUUAUUUUGCAGACACCAGGGAUGCUAUUUGAAUCAGUCGCUUUCUUUGUGCUCAUAAUCCCGUCAGCAUGUGUUGUUAUACUAUUCAUGAUUUACGCUUGCCGGCAUACAAUUCUUAACGACAACUUCACGUGGGUUUGGAGUCAAAAAGGUUAUCGCCCGCUCAAUAUGAACACUAUUGACGUCGAACAGAAUAUUGCUGAUAACACAGAAUGUCGAUUGCUGUAG